AUGGGGUAUAUGUUAACGCUAAUAAGAAUAAGAAUCCAAUGUUUACAUAGUAUCAGUGGAACAGUGCUUUCAUUGCUGUUCUUCAUAUUCACAGAUCCAGUCCAGAAUUCUGUACUUAAAGGAUCAAUUGAUGACACAGAAACGAACAAGGACGAAAAGAAGAAGAGAAGAGAAAUGAUGAAAGAGGAAAAAAUAACAGAGAAAAAAGCUAAAGAAGAGGAAAAGAUUGUUCAAACAAAAUACAAAGCAAUCGACAAGAGUACAAAAAAAUACACAGAGGAUGUCAAGUCAACAUGGAAGAAGGAAGAAAAGAGGAGAAAACAGAUGAAAAAGAUAGAGAAAAAAGCACAAAAGAUGUUGGAAAAGGAAAUGAAGAAGAUCGAGAAAGAAAGAGUAAAAGACGAAAAGAAGAAACAAGUCCAAGCUAUUGAUGUUGUUCAGGAAAAACAAAAUGGUUUCAAAAUAGUCAAAACAAAUGAAGAGACAGAGAGUGACGAAGACGAAAAGAAGAAAAAGGAUCAAACUAUCGAUGUUGAUGGAGAAACACAAAAUUAUGUAACGAAAAACAAAACAAAAAAAGAGGAAGAGAGAAUCGCAGAACAGAGAAUCAGCUGUGAUAGCAUUGAAAAGAAUGAAGGGAACGAAAAUCCCCCAAAAGACGCAAAAGACAUUCAGCCAAUGAGUACCAACAAUGCCGGAAAGAAAACCACAUUUGCUGCAAGAAUCAGUGGGUUCUUUCGAUCCUUAUCGUGUAUCAAAGGACAGAAGAAAAGCAAAGAAGUGUGUUGA